GUCCACCCCACCUUCUCAUCCCACUUCUUCUGAGCUUUUCAGGGAUGAAACACGCGCGUGUGAACAUGGAAAACACAGGACGAGUAAUCUGAGCUCGUCGAGUGUGGGAAAGCAGCACAGAGACGGCAUCACGCAGACAUUCCUCAACUUUCCCAGCAGGGAGACCUCAGAAAAAAACAAUCCAGAGCACAUCUGCAGGAGCGAGGGGGAGGAACGAGACCUCAGGAAAAAAUCCCAGUGAUUUUGAGAAAGCGUGUGAUGGCCUUGGAGGUCCAGCGUCCAGCAUUAAGAGCGAGCCGAGACUCUGAAGAAGAGGGAUAGAGACUACCCAACGACACAAGAAUGAGUGGCGAUGUCCUCUAGCUAAGCGUCUCUCAGCGUUAGCGUAGGGUUUUUGGAGGGGCGUAUGGCCGUGCGCAGGCUGGUGAAGUUGGCGGCGGCGGUGGCCCUGCUAUCUGUGGUGCUCAAUAGUGUGGCGACGUUCAGCUCCGGCUGGGUGCUGCAGGUGCUGGACGACGGACGGCGGCGCAGCGUUGGGCUCUGGAGAGCAUGUGUGCAGGAGGACACACACACUCACGAACCCACACCCUGCCAGAGAUUGAGCUGGGGAUCAGAGCUGGCGGGUUACCAGGAGUCUCGCAGCACGGUCAAACUUCAGUUUGACAUGAUGCGGGCAUGUAACCUGAUGGCUACGGUGGCUCUGACUGUGGGUCAGCUAAUCUUCCUGUUUGGGUUACUGGAGAUAAGCCACAUUACCCAAGAUUCUCAGUGGUGGGAGGAGGCCAUCGCUGCUCUGUUCCAGUUAGCCAGUUUUGUGUUGGUGAUCGGUCUGGUGACGUUCUACAGGAUCGGCCCCUACACUCACCUCUCCUACUCCUGCUACAUAAACAUCGCCGCAUGCUUAUUUGCCACGCUAGCAGCCGCCAUGCUAAUCUGGAAUAUUCUGCAUCGUCGCGAUGACUGCCUGUCGCCAUCCGUCAUUGUCAUCAGUCGAUCUUUAACUACACCGUUCAGGCCACGGCUGGACAAUGACUAUGUAGAGUCACCGUGCUGACACACACACAAAGCACAUACAAAACACAUGAAGGAGAUUUAAAUGGAAAGGACACAUGCUCACGGAGAGGAUUUCUAAACUUUGUAUGUAAAAUAAUCUCCUGGACUUCAGAGCUGCGAUGAGAAAAGUGACUGGUUUUCUGGAUAAAGAACCACCCAACAGACAAAGAUCAAGCUGGAUCUUGACAUGUUUAUGUUCAUAAGUGCACUUAUGAGAAAGCACAUUGGUAUGCUUAUGUAUCUAUUAUAGUAUGGAGAGUCAGAUGUCACAGUCUAAGCAUUUUAUUUUGCUGCCAGGUCAACUGAAUAUAGUCAUUAAAGGGCCGACACACAAUCUGCACUGUUAUACAUAUUCUCUGUGUUAGUUUAAAAGCAAUAGUUUACAGAAAACUGCUAAUUCACUCAUCGUAGAUGUAUAUUCCUGAACACAAUCAGUGUUAUGCUAAAUAAUAUCCUAGCUGUAAUGGCAGUGAAUGGUGCCUGAGAUUUUGAAGAUCAGAAAAGUACACUCAUCCAUCAUGAAAGUAAUCCACUGUCCUCCACGGAAGCUGAAUCAAAGUGAUAAGAGAAAUACUCAUACUCAAAACUGUAUAAACUAUUAUCGCUGAUUUCUGACAACUGACAUAUACACAUUCUUCAAACUGUCUAGAUUGAGGAGAGAAUGAAUCAUUUGAAUAAUAUUUCAACCAUUUUCCCAAGUGAUGAUUAACAGAGCAUUUCCUAUUUUCUUCUUCUGGCUGAAAUAAACGAAUAAAUAAACAAACAAACAAACAAACAAAUACUGCCAAAAUGAAUACUAUUAGCCCCUUUUUUACCAUGAUUCCUAACAUGCCUAGUUAACAUAAUUAACCUUGUUAAGCAUUCAAAUUGCACUUUAAGCUGAAAAUUUGUGCUGUCAUAAUGGCUAAGAGAAAACAAUAAGUUAUUAAAGCUAUUACGCUGAACAUUUUCUCUAUGAAACAGCACUUUUUUUUUAAAAGGAACUAAGCUUAAAUAUGAUUCCUCUCUUUGGACUGAAUUGAGAACAGACGAGAGCUGAUUUGGACAGUGUUUUUUUUUAUUAGUAUCUAUCUUAAAAUCAUGUGUGCAUUUAUGGGUUUAUCUUGAGCCAUAACUUGACUCCCUUGUAAAAGCAAAGAUGGCAGUUGUCAGAAAGCAGACAUAAUACUUUAAAAGUAUUUAAUAUAGGUAUAACUAGUGCUGUGCGAUUUGGGGAAAAUAUCAAUUAGCGAUUUUUUUUUUUGACAGAUAUUGCGAUUUUGAUUUGAUAGUAAUUUACAUUAAAGCUUCUUACUGCUCAAAUGCAGUGAGUGUUAGUUAAAAAAGGAACUGAAAAGAUAUUAACUUAUAUUAGCAAACAACUCUGAAACUGUACUUUGCAGUUGCUUGCUACUAGAUUGUCACUUUGAGUGUCACUGGCUGUACUUUUAGUUGACUUUUAGCAAGACGCUCCUCAUAU